GGAAGUGAGAGACAAUACCUUCGUUCACUUCACCAGAGCCCUGGGAUGGAUCAGAUCAUUUUAAUGAAACGCCGGCACCUUGAAGUCGGAUAAUUUGAAGAGGAAGAGACGCUUCAUGCUUUUACGAGAUAGUCAGCUGCUGAUGUGAUCAAAACAAACACACCUCAGCCCCGCUGUCCUACCCUUCCAUUUGCCCCCACAUCACUGCGCACCACGUCUGCCCGGACAGGGCCUAUGGGACUCGCUGCCAUUGGGUGUCGCUGUGCGCGUAAAGUCUCAGCCGGCAGGUUUUGGUCCGACCGGACCCCAACACAGUCUGAAGUGUCAGAUAGUCUUGUUAACACGUGAGAAAUUCAGUGCGUGGAAGAGGGCGAAAGAGGGCUAAACCAGGGAGAGAGAGGACUGCGAAAUUACGCGGAAGAGACGUUUUGAGAGAGAGCUGGACUCGGAGGGAACCGCGGAGAUCUUAAUGAGGGAAUGCCGAAAAGGAGAGAAGACAGGCGGCCAGAGCACCAGACAUGAGUUCGAGGUGGCGGAGUGAAGACAAUGCUGGAUGCCAUGGAAGUUCCAAGUCAUGCUAGGGAUCUCCUCCUGCAGCUCAACAGCCAGCGCACCAAGGGCUUCCUAUGUGAUGUUAUCAUUGUGGUGCAGAACGCCCUCUUCAGAGCUCACAAGAACAUUUUGGCUGCCAGCAGCCUCUACUUGAAGUCUUUGGUGGUCCAUGACAAUCUCAUCAACCUCGACCACGAGAUGGUGAGUCCAGGGGUCUUCAGGGUCAUUCUGGACUACAUCUACACAGGCCGCCUUAGCGAGGGAGACCCCACUUCCCCCACUGAACCCAAUUUAGGGGCUGUCUUGGCUGCAGCCAGCUACCUGCAACUGCUCGACUUAGUGGCUUUGUGCAAAAAGAAGCUGAGGAGGAAUGGCAAGUACCCUCCCCGCCCAGGUCCUGCAUUUCUACCAUAUGCAAAGAUGGGACCCAGUAGUAUGGGUUUAGGGAGUGGUGGCAGGUAUAGGAUUUCUACUCCUGUCAUUCAGUCAUGUCCUCCAGGAGGAAUUUUGAAUAACCAUGCACCCCGAGCACCACCACUAGAGGAGCUAGUUCCCCAUCGACUAGCCAUCCAUACUGGGGAGUUGUACGCUCCCACCUCCACCCAGGGCUCUCAGGUGUUUCCGUCCCUGCAGUCAGCUCUGCCUGCCCAGCUUGGCCGCUCAGCCCAUUCUGAGAGGAACUGCUCUCCCAACUUUGGGCUUGAUCUCUCCAAGAAAAGCCCCACCUCCCAGUCUCAGCUCACACCCUCUCAAACCCAUCUGGCAAACACUCACAAUGACGAGGAGCGAGAUGGGACUCUGAGCGGCCGUACGAGUCCCAUGCAGGGGACGAAUGGGAGGGCCUUCCCCUCAGAAAAAAUGGAGUCAACUGAUCAGACAGGCUCCCUCACUCCUCCAGCUUUCCCCCAUCUCAGCCAGCCUCUAGGCCCCCACCUCCCCCACCUAAUUCGUUCAGGCUCCCAGGGGACGGACCGCUACCCAUGCCCACCCAGCCCCGACACCCCUACAGAAGGUGGAGAGGCGGGCAGAGAAAUUGGCAAUAUCUACCGCUGGGUGAAACAUGAGCCAUUGUCAUACACAGGUGAAGAUGAAGAUGAGGAUGAGGACGAAGAGGACGGUGGUGAAAAUGGAGAUCAGCAUCAUAACCAUCACAAGACCGGGGAGGAGAGUGAAGGAGCAGAUGAUAAGAGUGGUUCGGGCACCGAGGAGACAGGCAGCAGUGAGGGCCGUCCGUCUCCUUCUGGACCAAUGGGGAGGUUCCACAUGCCGUAUGAGCCGGAGAGCUUUGGAGACAAUCUGUAUGUCUGCAUCCCCUGUGACAAAGGCUUCCCGAGCUCAGAGCAGCUCAAUGCACAUGUGGAGACGCACACAGAGGAGGAGCUGUACGGCAACUCUGGUGGGGAGAUGGGAAAUAGCAAUAACAGCAGCUCCAAAAACAUGAGCAGCAACACAAAUGGUUAUGGGAGCCUCAACAGCAGCAACGUUCUGAACAGUCUGCCCCACCUGGAGACCAAGUCCGGCCAGGGACUGAACUCAGGAGGCAUCGGGGAGAUGAUCCGACCAUACCGCUGCUCUAGCUGUGAAAAGUCCUACAAAGAUCCAGCUACUCUGCGCCAACAUGAGAAGACCCACUGGCUGACGCGGCCUUACCCCUGCAGCAUCUGUGGCAAGAAGUUCACACAGCGCGGCACCAUGACACGCCACAUGCGCAGCCACCUGGGCCUUAAACCUUUCGCCUGCGAUUCCUGCGGCAUGCGUUUCACACGCCAGUACCGUCUCACUGAGCACAUGCGCAUCCACUCUGGGGAGAAGCCGUAUGAAUGUCAGGUGUGUGGGGGAAAGUUCGCUCAGCAGCGCAAUCUCAUCAGCCACAUGAAGAUGCACAGCGGUGGAGGGACGGCAGGGGGCCUGACCACAGAUGGGAAAGUGAAGCUGGACUUUGCAGAGGGCAUCUAUCCUCUGAGUAAAUACACAGCGGAGCACCUGGGGCUGAAGCAGGAGAAGGCCAAUGAGCUGCUCAUCCAAGCACAGCAGCAACUGGUAGCUGAUGCCAAGGCCAUAGAGAGCCUGUACCCGCUCUCCAAACUGGCCUCGGAGCACCUGGGCCUCACCCACGACAAGAUGGAUAUCCUGGGGCAACCCCUGCCCCCUCCACAGGCCCUCUCUGAUGCCCGCACCAUCGACCGCUACUCACCCAGCUAAGACAUAUGACAUGUAUAAAUGGCGAUCACCAAUAGGUCUGUGUGCACACACAAUUUGCAGUAUUCUAAAGCCAUUCACCUCAACUCAGUAUCUCCUCUGCACCUCAGACUCAGACCAAAAGGAGUUGGUCUUCUAAUGCACACCAAAAUGUGUAGACUGUAAGUGCCUUCCUAUGCAUCUAAUGUAUCUUAAAGUGCUCCUUCAUAAAGGAACUUUGUGCUAUUACGUGACCAAGGGACACUCACUUUAAGAAGUACAGUAUUUAUGUACAGUGUAUGCAAAGAAACUUUUCUUUAAAAAAAAAAAAAAAAAAAUCCAGCCAUUGAGCCAAAGUGACAAAUUGAAAGCCAAAAUGAAAUUGUUUUUUAUUUAUUUUUGUACUAUGGGAAAUCCAAAGAAAAACUGUUGCAAGGAAAAACUUUGCAACCCGACCCUAAACCUGUGUACUAUUCAUCUUUGUAAAAAAAACAAAUGAAAAAGCACAUAAGGACAAUAUUCAGGGUUCGUCCAGACCUGAGCAGAACUUUCAACAUAUGAAUAAGUCAACUCACCUGGACUUUAAAGUAAUGGGAGUAUAUGUUUUUUUUUGUUUUUUCUUUUUUUAAUUUUCGCUUUUUGGGGUACUGGACAAUUUCUGUAUCUCGCUCUCCAGCUUCUCCCAUCAUGUGAAAUGACUGAAUGAUAACAGCUAUUGCCUCAGCAUUUCAGUUAAGUACCCCACUCCCCUGCAUAUUUGUGUGGAUAAAGGCUCAUGCUAUGUGACAGUAAUGGUAGCUGAAUCAGCCUUACACUUUCAACCGUCCUUGAGCUUAAAAACUUCCUUUGCAGUUUAACGAACAUCCCUCAGCUUUUGGUUGUUGUUGAGACGCAGCUAGCACGGCCCUGUGAUCUCAUAACUGGGACAUGAUUGCACAUACCCAACUGAUGACACACUAAAUCCCUGGUCAUGACGAGUGUAGCUUCAACUCGUGGUGUAGACGAAUCAUGGGUGUUGCCUUUGACAUUGUGUAAUAUUUACAUUCGUGGAUGCAGCUGAGAAGAGAGGCAGGCAUUGGGACGGAGCUCAUGACACAGAAAUAUGUCAUUUACUGUCAGGAGCAAGUGGUCUAUUCAUAGCGGUCUGAUGAUUAAUGGUGGAGUUUGUCAUGAGUCUUGUUGAACGCCACUCUGCUCCACCAUCCGGCUUCUCAUCUGACCUCCCUCCCCUGUAGUCUGUUGACCGGGAGCCCUGCUACUGUUGACAGGCCAAAGUGAGCGCUGCAUCCAGCACUUUGCCAUCGCAGCACUCCACACACCGGAUGCAUAUAGGCUCCCUCUUCACACAUACACACACACACACACACACACACAUAGCGAGCUGCUAAUCUGUCAGCGAUAUGAACACAAGUAGGGGUUUGUGAGUCUUCCUCAGAAGCCAGCGGAUGAACAGCGCUCCCCAGCUGCUGCGCCUCAGUAAUCCCUGUGAAAUCUCACUUUCUCCUGGACAAUUCGCACUGCUCGCCAGCAUGAUGUCCCAUUUCAUGCCUGCCAUCUUGCUCCUCUGAUCCACUUAUUAACAUCACAUCCAAGCCUAGCAAAUAGUCCUGCCUCUCUUCUCCGCUGGUAUCAAAUGCGGAAACAAAGAGUGACAUAUUUUAUGUGUUGGCUGACCAGCAGCUCCUCCAGCUUGAAAAAACAAAAGAGCACUUAAAGGUUGCAGGUUGAAGGCACAUUCUUGUCUUUAAAUCUUUAUUCCAAAGAACAUGUUAGCCUUUUAUUUUCUUUGUUUCUUUUUUCCCACUUUUACUAGUCCUUCAUUGAGAUUGUUUGACCACUAUAGUGCCAAUGCCAACCUCAGUGGGUGAAUGUGAAGACUAAAGCCAUACAUACACUGUGAUAGACGUAGUGAAUCUUAAAGGCUUAAAAAAAAAAAAAAAUACAGAGAAUGUGCCUAACUUUGGCAACUGUUUUUCUUUUUUUAAAUGUAACAAUAAUUUAAGGGCUUCUUUUCUGUAGCAUACGAUCAUAUCAAACAUGUUUCUUGUCACUUACUUUUCUUUACUUCAUUUUAAUUUAAACUGAAAGCAGCGCACGUGAAACUGGUGCUUACCUCAGGACUGAACCCAGCAUGGGGAUGCUAAGCUUUUGUAAACCUUAGAUCAACAAUAUCAACACACAUACAUGCACACACACUCACUUACACACACACUUUUGUAAAAUUUUCUUACUAACAGGGCAGUUGUCCUGUGUUAAACCUGUGGUUAUUUCUGUGUUUAUACAUUUCUUGUUGCAGUUUUAAGGUGGAGAGAUAAUAUGUGAUAUUAACAUUUUUUGUUUUUAUUUGUACUAUGCGGUAUACAUUUUCUAUUGUGUUGUCCUCAAAGAGGCUUUUGUCAGUCUGACCUUUGUUCAAACGUAAGGCUAAGUCAUUUUGGUAGUACCUUAAGUGUUUUUGUGAUUUUCUGAUCCAGUUUAGUCAGUAACAUGGCAUUGAUCUUUGGUUUUAGCAACACAUACAGUAAAAUCUAGGUGACAAGUGUUGCAUUUUGAAAUCUCUCUUUGCUCACAAGACAUGAUGCAUUAAUCUUACUUCCUCAAAAAGACGAGCAGUUGAGUAUGAAAACUACCCUAGUAUUGUUCAGCCCGUUGUCUCCAGAGGUUAGUGAACUUUUGACAAGAGUCAGACGGCGGUCGUACAUGCACACAACCACACAGGAAGCAGCAUGUUUUUGGUCAGCGCUUCAAGUUUGGAGAUUCUUAGCUCUGUGACAAGAAAGAAAAAAAAAAUAGCUUAAAUGUAACUUCGGUCAUAAGAACUUGAUUCUCACACAUGUGUAUACGUGUUAAAACAGGCGGAUGUCAGCCGUGGGAAUUUCAGUCACCUCACUCUCUCCGAUUUAGAAGCUGAAAUGAAAACGUGUCUCUGCAUUUUCCUUGCCAAACGCCAUUAAAAUAACACCAAGUGUUUCCACUGUCACUUCAAAUCUGUGCGAGAGGUAAGAGAAAGAUAAUGGUUGAAGAUUUCAGAAGGAUGUGUGCUGUUUGAAAUUUGCUUAACUACAUUAAUGCGUCCGACAGAGGAGGAGGAGGAGGAGGGGUCGUGUAUCUAUAGAAAGGGGAAGCAUUUGCUUGUCUGUUUGUGUAUCGCUAUGCUAUUUGAGCAUAUGAAGGGUUGCUAAUGCAUGCCCUGGGAAUAGGGCUGGUGUGAAGGAGAAGCGCUGAGGAGCAGGAAGUGAACUUUUGGCUGGUGUGUUGUGCUGAGCAGGAUGUGCUGUGUGUUUCUGCUCAGAGGCAGAUAGAGAGACGGAGAAUGGGGAGGGAGAGGAGCAGGGAGAGCACAGCAGGGUGGACGUGAGCCAUUGUCUCAGUAUGAAAGCCUGUUUCGUACUUCUAAAACCCUCCAUUCAGAAAACAAGUAGACUGUAUCUUCUCUUUUCCUUCCCUUUAUUGCUCUUUGGGAAUAAACUUCUGCUCAGUAUCACGGUGAUAGGACAUUGUGGGCUUUCAAGGGCUGCACGGUGAGCUGCUCAGACAUUUUGUUACAAUCUGAGGAUGUUGUGGAUUCAAAUCUUUAUUAUUUCACGAUAGUUAAUCUAUAUUUCAUCCAUAAUUAGUAUGAAAAGCCCAGAAAAUGUAACGUAAAUCAUUUUUAAAAACUGGCAGUAUUUCUUUUGCUCUGUGGUUGUUUCACUUAGUCAAAUUAGAGGAGUCUUGUUUCAGUUUAGUGAUGUAGCCACUCACCCCGUGGGCUUUUAUGCCAUUUGCCUUUGUUAAUGUUAUUUCACAUGCCAAGCCAGAAAAUCCCUCAUUGCCACCAAAGUGGUUUGGAUGAAGAUGUUAUUUAAGUAGGCACUUAAAACAGUUUAUUAGUUACAUUAAUUAAAAUUUUAAGAAAGGAAUGGAUGCAAAUAUUAGUGCAGUAACAUAAACCACCAAAAAUGAGAUGAGGGUUGAUUUCUUUUUAAAAAUCUUUUGGCCAUUUCACUCCUUUCUCAUGUUAUGGCAACCAUCCCAGGCCUGUAACUUUUUUAACACUAACAAUAUAGAAGUCAAAAAAAGGGGAGGGCCUGGAUGAGUUCCAGCAGCACUUUGCAGACCAAAAAAGGGUUUAGGUUUAAUGUUCAAAAAUGCAAAGCAUGCCUUUAAGCUUUCUACCAGCGGCGACAGCAGGCCCAAGGUCACCUAUGUGACUCUGACAGGCUGCGUAGUCCUGAAGAGUCUGCAGUCAUGUCACCGUUUGACAUUUAUUGUAUUUCACAGUGUGUGCCAAAAAGACUGAAGCACUUAGCAGACAUCGCAGAUGCUCGAAAACAAAACUCAGCGACAAUCUUUGUAGUUUUCAUUAGUUGCAUUGUCGAUUCCUACCAGCUUUGACUUGUUACGAAAGCCGUCCAGUAUGUGGCUAAUCACUAAAGCGCAGAGACCAGAGAGGUCACUACUCUCAAAUGUACAUAUUUCUUUUUAUGAGGACUCAUGUUUAAAUGUAAGCUACAGCCAAAUAAUGCCAAUAAUCAAUUGACUCUUCAGUCAACUAAUGCAAAUGUGCCUUCAGCAAAACAAGUGAGUCUUGCAAUAAUUUGUAUGGGUGAAUGAGUGCGAGGUUUUCUGAUGUGUCUGCAAAGUGCACCUGUCCAUCUACAUGUCUAGAUGCUCUCUCAGUGUAGCAGGGUGAAGUACAAGGGAGAUAUUUGACACUUUCAAGAGUCUUUAUUACAAGCAGCUGCUUUAGAUUUAUUCCUCUGAACGGCACUUUUCUGGAAAAAUCAUUGUAUUGUGAUUUUUUAUUACUCUUGUGAUCCCCUAGAAAGUCCCACAAUUGCCUCUCCUUGGGGCACUUUGCCUCCUUGUAGCGUUCCUCCUCUUCCUCCCUUGGCUGCUCUCGUUCACAGCCCUCGUCCCCUCAAAGCACAGCUUCCCUCUUCACCUCUCUCUGUGCCUUCUCUCCUCUUACACUUAACACAAACCGCUGACCCACAGCACCCGCCGCCUCCCCUCCUUCUCCCAUGAUCCACUUACUUCCAGCUGUUUUUCAUGCUGAAGAAGACAGUUGUCUAAAUGUUUAUGUGAAGAGCUACUUUCUUUUUCUUUAAGCCCUGAUCAAUUUCCAAAAUGAGCUUUGUGGCAUGUGUUAAAAUACAGCAGAUGAUGAGCCAAAGGCAAAAAAAUCUGACAUCGUUAUUGUAUUCUGAUCCCCAAGCCAAGAAACGACUUACAACGGGGAGAUUAAAGACAGCAUAUUGUUGUAGAGGAAAUGCAGAAUAAUGUGAGGGGAAAUGUUCAGGGAAAAUAUGCUCAGAAAGAUGCCAGUAAAGUAAACAUGUAUGAAAUUGCACAAUUGAGUGGGGCCUCGGCUGCACCAGCCAAGUCAUGCGCUGGGAUGGAGAGAACAAGUAAGGGAGAGGGGUUGUGAGGAAAAGAACCAGAAACAGAGAGAAAAAUAGCUUGUGCUUGAUAGUCAUAACCUUCAGUAAAUAACAAAGGAAAACUGGCUGCUUUGUGUGUCUGUUAGCCUCUUUUUUCCACCCGUCAGUGAGCUUACUGUUUAAAUUUCCUCUUUUGGCAAAUUACCUUGUGAGGACUUUUUUUUUGCCUUUUCAUUGUUGAUUGCUGCAGGUCAUUGUCAGGUUUUUAGUGUUAACAUUAAUGUCAGUGUGCCCUCUGAGAUGACAUCCUCCUUCCAGACGUAACAAUUAUCACCCAAUCAGCACAUGACCCGCCGAAGGCUCUUUGUAGCUGAAUAGCGAAGGGGGGUUCUGCCUGAAUAUGUCCUCCUGCAUCUGUUUAGCUUGUAUCUCUGCUUCUUUCUCUACCUUGAACACAUACAGAGCAGACUGAGCGGACUCCUGGCUUGAAUCUUUUUUUUUUCAUUUACAGUGUGCAACUUCUGCUCCGUGAGGUUACAUUCGAAGACAAACAAAAGAGCAAGGACAAAACAAGCAGGAAUUCGGAGGAGUGAAAGUUUAGUCAGGGAGAAUAUUUGAUUGUAUAUCUCUCGAGCACACUCAUGCAGACACACACAUAAACACACAGCUGGAUGGCAGGCUGCUGCUCCAGAUUAGGUCAGAUUUAAUUAGGCUGCCCUGCUCUGUUUGGAGUGUCGCUUCUUGUAGAAAAAGCCAUUUUUAAAAGAAAAAGGCGAUUCCACUGACGGCUUCCACUCGAUGAACCGGUGCCAAAAUGUUACAGAGCCUCAGGGUAAUCACACACACUUACACACACAGGAGUCUACUUUGGUUUUGGAAAAAGUUGAUGUGUAGAAAUGAUGGAUUAUGAUCUAAUGAAGAUCACUCUGACAUUCUGAGGUGGUUGUACCCGACUGUGGUUCAGGGAUGAGAAAGUUCAGCAGCAUGACAGACCGCCACGCAGACAGUAGUAGUUGUGAAUGGAUGGAAAAACACAUGACAGAAUACAUACAUCAGAAAUUUACAAUGGAAAUGUAAUUUUUCAGUGGAAGUCGGGAUCUUAUUUCAGCAGAUGUGCACAAAACAUCAGCAGUGUUCAGUGUUUUGUGGUUUUACAGCAGUUUAUAUCAUAAAGACAAUUAAAAGCAAUACUUUAAACCAAACAGUAUUUUUUAUUUUCUUUUUGCGUUCUCUGCAUUUCAGUGUCAAUAUUGAUCUUACUUUGCUUUAGUGAAAUGAAUGUAUUUAUUGCAUGUCAAAAAAUGUUUUAUAGUUAAUUUUUUUGUGUAAAUUUCAAUUGUGGGUUUUUAUAAUAAUUUCAUUUAAUUAUGGUGUCUUGAUAAAAUCAUGUUGAUAAGGCUUUUAUUUUUAUUAAAAGCCAAUGUGAAAAAUGUCAUGUUUUUUGUGUUUGUUACUAUACUCAAAAUCAACUUGGCAAUAAAAAUGAAUUGCAUAAUGGA